UUUGGGUGUUCCUAGGUCGAUUAGACGUGCUAAAUUUUAACAGGUCCUAUGAAUCCCAGUGCGGUCCUGCAAGUUAUCUAAGACUACCCGACCGGAUGUCCUGAGGACUUAAAAUACUUUUGGGAAUGUCUGUAACAAGGAUUGCUUUUAUAAAGUAUACAUCACACAUCGUAUAAGCAUGGAUGGUCUAGUGGUCUAAGCGGUAGACGUUUACUCCAAGGGAGCUAUACCCUUGUGAUUGCCAGCCAGGAUGGCAAUGAGGAACCUGGUAGAGGGGGAGUGUGGGGGAACCAAUUCCCUAAUGAGGCUUACCUCCCACAUGACCAAGGACCGGGCAAUGAGACAGGAAGGCUUUCUGCCAGGAAGACCAGGAUCCAGGAUACAACAUCCAAUUGAACGACCCAUCACUGAGGCAUCACCAAAUGAGUUAGUGGAUGAGUUCCUGGGAGGUCAGAGGGUUGCCAUGGCGCCACAUACCUUCCACAUGGGCAGCCUCCUGCAGGAGAUGAGAGAGAUAGAAGGCCAGGAGCAGAACUUCAUACCGCAGAGAGGUCCAGCGAUUGCGGAACUAGCUGUCAUAGACCCUGGUGGUUGGGCAAAGGAGUUUCUUGCCACAGAAAAUGAUCAUCCCAAUCAGGACUGGUCACAUGACUUUCUAAGCAAUCAGCCAAGCAAUCAAAUGGCACGAGUUCCCCCAAUGAACAUGAAGUGGGCUGAGGAGUAUCUUGACCAAUCAGAGCACAGACCAUGGACAGAGGAAUCUGAGAGAGAGAUUUUCGAUGACAGCAAAUGGAUUGAUGAUUUCACCGCAGAGUCCGGUGACCUCCAGAAAACCGCCCGUGACCUUUUGGACAGCGUAACGGAUGACAAACUCAACAGCUCUGAGUUCAUGAGAUUUGUACGUAAAAUUGGAGACGGGGAUAUAACAAUCAAAGAUAACGAAGUGAUUGAAAAAUCACUUGAAGCUAAGUCAGAGGCCUGGGCAAAUGAAUUUGCAAGCUCUAGUCAAGAAACCCCCUCUCAGUCUCAGGGCCGUUCCCUGGUGGACAAGUGGGAGGAGGAAUUUAUGUCCGAGAAGGCUGUCAAUGAUGCGGAAUUCUGGGAGAAGCUCGAGCAACAUUGGCAGGAUGUUGCACAGACCAGUGAGGAUCAUGCCUGGUUGACAGAGUUUGAUGACACAGCACAAUACAAGGAGUACAAAUUUGAAGAGGAAAAUCCCCUGCUAGACCACCCAGACCCGUUCCAGGCUGGACUAGAGAAGCUUCAUCAAGGAGACAUACCCAACGCAGUGUUGCUGUUUGAAGCUGCUGUAAAGAAAGACGAGACACAUGCAGAGGCUUGGCAGUAUCUGGGCACCACACAGGCUGAGAAUGAACAAGAACCUGCUGCUAUUGCUGCACUCAACAGGUGCUUAGACCUUCAGCCCGGCAACCUUACUGCCCUGAUGUCUCUGGCAGUUAGUUAUACCAACGAGUCCCUGGCAUCACAUGCAUGUAAUACCCUGAAACUGUGGCUGAAAAACAAUGAGAAAUACGCUCACCUUGUGCCUGAACCUGUGGAGAAAGCACCCAAAGUGUCCUCAUAUGUGUCCAGUGAACAGCACAAGGAGAUCCAAGACCUGUACAUCCGGGCUGCACGGGGGGCGGUGACGGGCGAGAUAGACGCAGAUGUGCAGUGUGGUCUGGGGGUGCUGUUCAACCUCAGUGGAGAGUACGACAAGGCUGUAGACUGCUUCUCCGCCGCACUCCAAGUCAGACCUAAGGAUGCCUUGCUGUGGAACAAGCUGGGCGCCACACUGGCAAAUGGGAGCCGCAGCGAGGAGGCAGUGGACGCGUACCACAAUGCACUGCAGCUUGCGCCUGGGUUCAUACGUUCACGAUACAACUUAGGCAUUGCCUGCAUCAAUCUUGGGGCACACAGAGAAGCCGUGGAGCAUUUCCUCACCGCUCUGAACAUGCAGAAGCAAUCGCACGGCUUGAAAGACCCGAAUGCAGUCAUGUCCCAGAACAUCUGGAGUACCUUGCGCAUGGCCAUAUCUCUGCUUGGUCGCAGUGACCUGUAUGCAUUCUGUGAUAAACGUGAUGUUGACACGCUAAUUAACGAAUUUGGUCUCAAUAACGGUUCUUGAUAUGGCAGCUUUGGUGAUAGGACUUUUUGUGAUACAAGCUUUAGUGAGACGAAUUAUUCCAUUGAUGGUAAUAUCUAUUGUGACGGAUGUCAGCAUGUUUGCAAUUCAUUGAAACCAAGAGCUGAGGACUUACAGACAUGUGUAAGCUCAAGUGAUAAUCAGGUGCCCUGGGAUUGUCAAAAGCCGGGUGAAAAUAUUGUUUGUACGCAGUAUUUUCAUGGGUGUGGAAUACAGUGUCAUUCGGAACAGCUUGGAAUGCAAACACCCUUGGGAGAACUGCGGAGUGAAAGGCUGACAGAUUCAGGGGAAAUAAAGAGGGACACAAAAAUAUGUGAAGAUGAAAGUAUAGCAAAUCAGCAUGUUAAUCAAAACCAAGACUUCCAUUAUAUGGAUUUUUCACUUCCAGGGGUCCUAAAGCUAAUAUUUCAGUGAUGAAAUUUUUCAAUUUAAUGAAUUUAUGAUUCCCUGUAGAUUUUGUUUUUGUUAAAUAAAUAAUUGCAUGAAUUUAUAUUGUAAGAAGUUGUAAAUAACAGAAUAAGUGUUUAUUCCAAAUGUUUAUGACUUACUAAAGCGCAAAAGGUGUUUUGCAGAAUAUGAAAGGGGUCAGGAGCCCUCUUAAACAAAGCUUCUUACAACCUUAGUUUUAAGGUUUUCUUGAUUUUCUAAAAAUUCCUGUAGUCACUUGCAAGGUAAGACUAUUCGAAUAAUGUAUAUUUACAUUUUAAUUUUUAGGACAGGUAAAUAUUGCUUAGAUGAUGAUUUUGUAUUUAUUUUUGUAUAAAGCAUUAACACUGGAUUUCUCAUUGACAGAUUUUACCUUAAUAUGUUCCUUAAGUACGUCUUAAAGGGAUCUUUUCACGGUUUGGAAAAUUGACAAAAUUGAAAAAAGUUUUUCAGAUUCGCAAAUUUUCGUUUUAGUUGGGAUAUUUUUGAGAAAACAGUAUUAUGGAACAUUUACCAUGGUCUAAUAUAGCCAAUAUAUGCAUCUUUUGACGAUUUAAAAACCUAAAAAUUAUAAAGCGUUGCAACGCGAAACGAUUGAAUAAUUUGGAGAGUUCUGUUGUUGUCGUUAAAUUUUGUGAAACUACGAAGAUUGAUCAUAUAAUGCAUAAAAUACUUUAACCAAGUAUGCUUGGCAGAAUAGCCGAGCGGGCUAAUGCGUUUUUACUCCAGGUUACUCCAGGACUCCGGGGGUCACUGGUUCGAGUCCAGCUGAGGCUACUUUUUUUUCUUAUUUUAAAUUUUAUUCUUGAUUUUUUACUGGAGCUUUUAAGAUCCAAUGUAUACAUUUAUCAAUAUAAAGCAUUUAAUGACUUAUUUCAAAACAUGCCAAAAACUGUGGAAAGGCCCCUUUAAGCUUUUUUCAAAAGUUAACUUCAAACCGAGCCCAACUCCAGUGCUUAUGUCAUUAACAAAUUUAAAAAAAAAUAAGGCGGUGAUUUAUUUUAAAACAUAUACUAACUUACACUCCAUUAUAAAACCAUUUUUGUUUGUUUUAACUUUUAAGAAUAUCCUUUAAUAAUAAGUAUAAAAUCUCAGACAAGGUGAAGGCGGUUCCAGACUGUAUUUGAUUGUAUCAGAUAUAAUGUACUCUUUUUUCAUGCUAGGUAUGGUUGCUAUAUUAUCUCGUAAUACACUCUUGAUCAUGCAAAAGUAUUGUGGUGGGGUUGAAAAUAAGGUAACUAAAUCACGAAGAAGAUUUACAAGUUAUGAAAUAGCCACAGUGCUUUUUCUGUUAUGUGGUUCAAAAAAUGUUGUUGAGUACUUGUUUAUGCGUGUGACAGACUUAUAAUAUAAUAGUAAUAUAAUAGUGGUGCUUUGUUUUCCAAUACCUUAUCAUUUUUCAAAAUUACCUCCCUUGAUUUCAAUUUGAUAUGCAUGUUCUAUUUAAAUAUUUAAUCUUUUUAGAUGAAAUAGGCAAUCAAAUCAGAAUGAUGUUAAUUCUGUGUAGUGCAGUAUUUAUGUCUGCUAUUUCCCUAGAUAUUAAGGGAAGCGGACAACGACAACGAGCGGUCAUGGUAUUGUAAUGAGCAUGGGGGGGGGGGUGAGUUAGAGGGUUUGGGUAAGCCUUAACCCAUACCUUAACCCUUACCUGACCCCUAACCUAACGAUAACCCAGGGUUAUCUCCCCUAUACCAUGCCUCGCUCGUUGUAAUUGUCCUCCUUCCAGAUAUUAAUGACUAUAUGCAAUAAAAUAUAGAUAUAUGCACUUACAUUUCUUGAUAUAAAACAGCAUGAACAAGUAAUAUAACUAUAAAUGAUUUUAGUAUACUUAAAGGAAGCAUUUAAUACAUUUAAUACAUAAACUUGUCAAUACUGCAUGUAAUUGUUAUUAAAACUUAUUUUGCAUAUUGCACAAUUGGUGCAAAAAGGUACCCUGUGCCUUUUUAUUUCAAUGUCACAUGGUUUCUUUUUGCGCCAAUGGAGCAAAUUAUGUACAUGCUUUUAAAUUGAACUCCAUGAUGUAACAUCAACAUCUGGCUACAACAUCAAAGGGGGUGUUUAUUACAAGAAGGCAAGACUUGAAACUUGCCUUAAAAUUUCCUCAACAUUAGCCUUUCUUGCAGUUUGUAAUUUGAUGAUAGUUACAUGAUUGUAACUCCUUCACAUUUAUAUAUCAGAUACACCAAUAUUCUUGCACACCCAUUGCUAUAUAAACAUCGAUGGCAAGACGGUUUUAUUGCCUUUAGGGACAGAAGUAAUGCAACACCUUGUAAAUGGGAUUGGUGAUUGCAGUAAUUUUAUUUUGGGAUUUGAGUAUUUAAAUCAAGGGCUACGUGAUGUAUCUGAUUGUAAUGUGUAUUUGGUGUACAUAUUUUAUACAACUGCACUAGGUGUUCCAGGAAAUGUUUACUACCGAUCUGUUACCAUAUCUAGCCCCAAGCUGUUUGUUACAAAAUUAAUCAUUGCAUUUCGUGCAUUGGUAGAAAAUAUUUUACUUGGUAUUGGCCGAAAAGCAGUUUCAUAUCAUUCAUAUUGAUAGUUUUGAAUAUUCCUGUCAAUAAGAUAUAAUGCUAUUUAUAUAGAGUUGUGAAUUGUUCAUAAUGUUUACAAAGAAAUGCUUUAAAUACAUAGACCACAUAAUAGUAAUUAUGAAACUAACAAAUUUUAAUUUAAUUAACAAUCAUGUAUGUGUUCAAAAAUUUGAAUUGACACUGCCAUGUGUGUUAAUCACUCAAACAAAAUAAAUGCAUUUUUUAAGGGUAGAUUAUACAAUAAAUGUUUGUGUUUUUGAUAUGGUCGGCAUUCUUAAUACAGAAAAGUAUGACAGAUUUAACUAUAAUGAAUAUAAUAUUGAUAGGGCAUUUUUUUCUAUUUUAGUAUUUUCUGUAGAUCCAAAGUCAUUUACUGAUGUGAUUUAUGUCCACCCACCAUUGCUUAUGUGAUAGUGUUGGGAAUGCUUAGAAGAUUUUAUUGAAAAGCUUCCUUGUAUGUGAACAUGUUUGUUUAAUUGAUUUUUAUUUUUUUUUAAGUUUUGUCCUUUUUUCGAUUUUUGAUAGGUUUUCACUGUCAAUAUUUCAUGGUUGUGCCAAAUUCAUAAUUAUUUCGCAGACAAACAUGUGUUUAUUUUUAUCUUAAAUUGUUAAAAUAAUGUUGCACAAUCAAGUGUUAACAAUUAGACACAAGUACACAUUUUUGUGAUGAGAAACAAAUGCUUUAGUUUGAAUAAUUCGAGUCAAAUCUUUACUGAUACAAAAAGUGUAUAUUUAAGUGUAAACUAUUGUGUCAUUACAACUUGAUGUUUCCUAGAGCAAAAUAAGUAUUAGUUACAGAAUAUUUUAUAUGAUGUCGGACAUUUUUUCAAAGUUAACAACUGGAGUAUUCUUACAAAAAUAUGUGUCUUGUUCUGAGAAAAUUCGGCUUAAUGCAUGUGCGUUAAGUGUCGUCCCAGAUUAGCCUGUGCAGUCAGCACAGGCUAAUCAGGGACGACACUUUCCGCUUUUAUGGUUUUUUUAGUUUCAAGGAAGUCCUUCCUUGCCGAAAAUCAAGUUUAGGCGGAAAGUGUCGUCCCUGAUUAGCUUGUGCGGACUGCACAGGCUAAUCUGGGAUGACACUUUACGCACAUGCAUUAAGCCCAGUUUUCUCAGAAUGCGGCUCAUAUCAUGACUUGUACAAGAACAUAAUUGACUUUCAACGUUCUGCAAAGAUGAAUCGUAUUUUAGUUAUGUUAAAAAAUAAAUAUUUAUGUUCAAAAUCAUGUGUUCAAUGUGGAUAAAAGGAAUAAAAUUCUACAAUUUUAAACUGUUAAGGUCAAUGUGUACCAAAAUUAGAUACAUUUCAAGUAAUAUGUGUUUUUCAUCAAAUGAAUACCCAUAACAAAUGAUGUUUUAGUUGUACAUAUUUAAGAUAUUUAAACCUUAAAUACUAUUCAUUACAAGGGGCCCAAUGUUUGUAACUUUUUCAUAUAACAAUACAUCAUUGUUUGGUUGAUACCGUUCAGUACCGCUACUUGCUGCAUUUAUAGUGGUGGCUUAAAUGCAAAUAAUUAAAGGGAUCUUUUCACGCUUUGGUAAAUUGACAAAAUUGAACAAAGUUGUUUCAGAUUCGCAAAUUUUCGUUUUAGUUAUGAUAUUUGUGAGGAAACAGUAAUACUGAACAAUUACCAUGCUCUAAUAUAGCCAUUAUAUGCAUCUUUUGACGAUUUUAAAACCUAAAAAUUAUAAAGCGUUGCAACGCGAAACGAUUGAAUAAUUUGGAGAGUUCUGUUUUUGUCGUUAAAUUUUGUGCAACUACGAAGAUUGCUUAUAUAAGGUAUAAAAUACAUCACAUGUGUGUACACGGCGGAAUAGCUCAGUAGGCUAAAGCGUUUUUACUUUAGGACUCUGGCAGGACUCCAUGGGUCACUGGUUCGAAACCUGCUCCGGGCAAUGUUCUUUUCCUUUUUUAAUUUUAUUCUUGAUAUUUUACUAGAGCUUUUACGAUCCAAUGUUUACAUUUAUCAAUAUAAAGCAUUUAAUGAAUAAGUUAAAAAAAAAUGCCAAAAUCUGUGAAAAGGCCCCUUUAAUAGUUUAAGUAGCACAAUACAUAUUUUUGUGAACAACUCUAGUUAAUGAUUUUCUUUUAUUUUCUCUGUUAUAAUCAUCAAAUUACGAACUUUUAGUUUAUUAUAUUGUUAUAUUCGAGAUAAACACAUACAGUGAUGUUUAAACAAAUCUUACAAAAAGCUAACUGCUUAAAAUCUCAAGAUGUAAAGUUGCGCGUUUAUGUUUGUUAUAUAUAAUAAAGAGCAUUUCUUGAUCGUGUUAUAUUAUAAUAAAAUGAUCAUAUUUUUGUUUA